AUGGUUAACGCAAUCUUAUCCAAAAAGAAGAAAUUAGUAGCUGACGGUGUCUUCUACGCUGAAUUAAAUGAAUUUUUCACCAGAGAAUUAGCCGAACAAGGUUAUGCUGGUGUUGAAGUUAGAAAAACUCCAUCAAAAUUAGAAGUUAUUGUUAAAGCUUCAAAUACUCAAGGUGUUUUAGGUGAACAAGGUAGAAGAAUUCAUGAAUUAACUUCAUUAAUUGUUAAAAGAUUCAAAUUAUCACCAGAAGGUAUUGCUAUUUAUGCUGAAAGAGUUGAAGAAAGAGGUUUAUCAGCUGCUGUUCAAGCUGAAGCUUUAAAAGCCAAAUUAUUAAAUGGUUUACCAAUCAGAAGAGCUGCUUAUGGUGUUUUAAGAUUUGCUAUGGGUGCAGGUGCUAAAGGUGUUGAAGUUGUUAUUUCAGGUAAAUUAAGAGCUGCAAGAGCUAAAUCACAAAAAUAUGCUGAUGGUUUUAUGAUUCAUUCAGGUCAACCAACUAAUGAUUUUAUUGAUAUUGCUAUUAGACAUGUAUUAAUGAGACAAGGUGUUUUAGGUGUUAAAGUUAAAAUUAUGAAAGAUCCAGCUGCUAAUAGAUUUGGUCCAAGAGCUUUACCAGAUGCUGUUAAAAUUGCUGAAGCUAAAGAUGAAGAUGAAGUUAUUCCAGCUCCUUAUGUUAAAAAUUAUAAACAAAAACCAGAAGAAGUUGAAGUUGAACAAACUGAAGUUGAAGUUACUGCUUAA